CCCUGGGCUCAGUCCCCUGUAUGAGAACUAAAACGUGACUGGGGUCCAGAACAAGAAAUUGUUUCUUUGUAAACUUGGUCCCAUUUCUUUACUUCUUUAAGCCUCCAUAGCUUCGUGUACAAGUGAAAUGGGAGUGAACUAAUGUGCCAGCCCUUAAUAUUAUGCCAUACUAUAAUUAGUGCCUACUAUGGGUGCAUAGUAGGCAUUCUGUCAAUGGCAGCAGUGCUGAUGAUGGCAGUAGCGGCGAUUUCAGGUUCGUCAAAGCUGUUCAACUCCCAGCACAAGUAGCAAGCAAUCCUGCUUUCAUCGGGAUAGCCAGGGGUUCCCAGCUUAAGCGGAAACCCAAUACAUGUGAGUCCACUCUCUACCUUAAAGAUAGCCAGGAUUUCCCAGUUUAACCAGAAAUAGUAUUCCUCACUCUUGCCUGUAAGUGAGCCAACAUCAGACAAGGGGUGUGCCUUUAACUUUCUAUUGGCCAUCUUGUACAUACAUAAGUAAAAAUCCUGGGCGAGCUAGGAGCUUGGGUCUCUUGCUGGCCUCGAGGCUGGCUUUAGUGGCUUGAGAACGCCACAGCUGUUCCUGCCUCCCGAGAACGUCUGUCCCCCCCAGUUCUGUCCCUCAGCUAGACAAUCCCUGACUUGUCCUUUUACCAGUGCCCAGUGGGUGACAGGCUUUUUCCCAGAAGCUGAAGGAAGAUACUCUGACUGGUCCUUCUCUCCCAAGUCAAGUGGCUACCGUGACAAUGGACUGCCUUUCCCUGAGCGUCCACCCUGGCAAGGCUUUCUAAAUCUAGUCUGUGAAGCCAGGUAGGAUACCUACAUCCCCAGAAAAAAUGACUGAAGAACCUGUAAAAGAGAACCUGGGAUCCCCAAAGUCACCUGCGCCCGUGAAAAUGGAGAAAAACCCUAAGAGUGAAGUUGUGAUCACCACAGUCCCCUUGGUCACUGAGGUUCAGCUGAUGGCCGCCACAGGGGGUGCAGAACUCUCCUGCUACCGCUGCAUCAUCCCCUUUGCUGUGGUGGUCGUCAUCGCCGGGAUCGUGGUCACUGCCGUGGCUUACAGCUUCAAUUCUCACGGUUCCAUCAUCUCCAUCUUCGGCCUGGUCCUUCUAUGCUCCGGACUUAUUUUAUUAGCCUCUAGCGCCUUGUGCUGGAAGGUGAGACAAAGGAAUAAGAAAGUCAAGAGACGGGAGAGUCAGACAGCUCUUGUGGUAAAUCAGAGAAGCUUGUUCGCGUAAGACAGAGACCAAAUGGGAAAUUUCACUCUAAAGUUCAGCUCCAACUGUUGAGUUCGUUCAUACGGAACCAGCCCAGGAGGGAAUGGGUUCAGUUUUGAAAUGGAUUACCAAAAUCAAAAUGGGGCAAAGAGAGGACUGAAAAUGAGGGGUCAAGACGGUUCCCUUUGUAGGGAAUAAUAUCUUUAAUGACAAACUUAAUCCUAAGGGCUAUUGCUAAGACAAAAGAACCAGCUUUCUUUUUGCCUUAAGCGUUUGGGGAGUAUGGGAUAUGUGCACAUUUGAUUCGCUCUAGAGAGUACCCAAGGGCUGGUGGACAAAUAACAAAAACCCUGGUGAACCAGUUCCAUAAAAGAAAUAGCCCACACUCUGGAAAGAGGUAUUAUAAAAAUGUUUUACCACAGGCCUACAUUGACUUGGCAUUCCCAUGUCCCUAAAAAAAUUCUGUUAUAUAUCUCUUUUCCAAUAAGUUGGUUCUCUGGCCUCUCUUUUAAAAAGAUUUUCAUUUUGAAUAAAUCAUCACUAGUGGUACUUUAUCUUGAAGAACAGACUAAUAUUUUUUAUAUUUUAACAAUGGACAAUUUUAGAUGAUUGUAAUGAUACAGAAGAAACCAGAAAGGUAGGAGAUAACAGGAAUGGCAUGGGGGAGGUAAAUUAAUACCGAAAUAAUCCAAUAUAGCACCUUUGAUGGUUUUUAUACAAAAGUUUAAUGUGCAUUUCACUCAAAAUAAUAAAUACUUCUGGCUGCUGAAACUUC